CAGUCUGUCUGUUUGCAGGUCAUCGGACUGAAACCACAAGGAGACCCCUACAUCAACUGUACUGCCAAGAGAGCCAGUCCGUUACGGAUGCAGUACUACCCGUCAGAAGCUCGUCUGGAUAAAAUGUUUUUCCCGUAUUACGGAAACAAAGCUCAUGCUGACUACGUGCAGCCCCUGGUUGCAGUGCAGUUGUUGCUCUCCAGAGAAGACCUGAACGUGGAGCAGACGGUGGAGUGUAAACUCGAGGGAACCAACCUGCGUAACGACGACGACCGAGACAAGUUUAUGGGUCGCGUUGUUUUCCGGGUCAAAGUGUCGGAGUAACCACAUCUGCCAGUUGUCAUGGAUGCCACAAACUGUGUUGAAAGUGGAAAU